UAAGACAUUCCACAAGGUGCAUUCUAAGGCUUUGGCUGCACGCUUGUUAUUGUCACUACGGCAACGGCAUUAUUUAGAAUGCAUUUACUUUUAAAGGAACUAGGCUACAGUAAAGUCUUGGAUACGGUGCUACUUUGUAGCUUAGGAAUAGUAACUCUUACGGAGAACAAGGCUACUUGUAUAGCUCUCACGGUGCUACUUUGUAGGCUAGCUUAAGGACUCGACUCUUACGGAGAACAAGGCUUAUCGUAUAGCUCUUACGGUGCUACUCUGAUUCUUAAGGAUAAAUCUUAGCACUCAGCUGGAACGGGAACAAGAGUUUGGACGGAAGACUUUGAAAGUCCGUUAUUACCGAGGGCUGGAAUUCUCUGACCGAAAUGUUCGGGCUUUUGUUUGGAUGGCUGACGCUACCGCAGGUGCUGCUGCUGGUGCUGCUGUGCGCGACAGGAGCUCAGGCCUUUACUGCCAGCACGAGCACUCCAACGGUGAAAGUGGAGGAGAAUGAGGGUGCAGAUCUGAAGUGCACCCACAGUGGAGACUUUGGGGCAGACGCCAGAGUGGAGUGGAAGUUUCAGGAUGUCAAAGCCACGCAGACGUCUCUGGUCAUUUACAAUGAACAGGCUACAGCUAGCUAUGUGGGUCGCGUGGUCCAGUACGCUGGGGGACUGCGCUUCAACAAGGUGACCAGGAAGGACACAGGCCUGUACAUCUGUUCUGUGGCUGGCAACGGGUUCUCCGCAGACGCCAAGGUCACCCUCACAGUCUUGGUGGCUCCGUCUGUGCCCGUCAGUCGCAUCCCAGAAUCGGUGAAAUUGGGGUCCAAUGUCAAGCUGACCUGCAGCGACAGCCAGGCUUCGCCCCCACCGACCUACAACUGGUAUAAGAACAACGAGCCCCUGCCCGUGGACCCCAGCAAGUUCCCCAACUUCCGUAACAUGAGCUACAAGCUCAACCCAGUCACUGGCACACUGGUCUUUCCCUGUGUGUCUCAGAUCGAUGAAGGGCAGUAUUUCUGCGAGUCCACUAAUACAGCUGGACCUCCCCAACGAUCUGUUGCCACCAAGAUGGCCGUCUAUGGAGUAAACACUGGAGGCAUUGUUGCCGGGGUGAUCAUCCUUCUGAUCCUCUUGGUGUUGCUCAUUGUCGGACUGUGGUUCGCUCAUCGCAAAGGCUACCUCGCAAAGGUGAAGGAGCGAGUGUCAGGAAGCAGCAGGAGGCAGCAGAACUCUGCAGUGUACCGCCCUACGUCAGACUACGGGGAUGACGAAGAGGGGGAGUUUAAGCAGAAGUCCUCCUUUGUGGUGUAGGAACACCAUUUCACCUCGCCCUACCUUGAGUGACAAUAAGCCAUACAUCAUGGACCAACCCAGGGAUACACCACGUACAACCAUUGAUCACGGACUGACGCAUGGAUGCUCAGACACGUAGAGAUGAGUAGAGUAGAGAUGAGUAGAGUAGAGAUGAGUAGAGUAGAGUAGAGUAGAGUAGAGUAGAGUAGAGUAGAGAUGAGUAGAGAUGAGUAGAGAUGAGUAGAGAUGAGUAGAGAUGAGUAGAGUAGAGUAGAGUAGAGUAGAGUAGAGUAGAGUAGAGUAGAGUAGAGCUUUAAUGCCCCAGGGGGUCAAUUUAGCUCAAAACAGCCUAAAAUCAGGCUCAUAUCAGGGUUAGAUCAGGCUCAUAUCAGGGUAAGAUCAGGCUCGUAUCAGGUUAAUAUCAGGGCCAGUGCUAUCAGGCUCAUAUCAGGUUAAUAUCAGGGCCAGUGCUGUAUCAAAUCAGGACCUGAUCGUGGACAUGGAGAGUGAGCUUCAGAGUCACUGUUUUUUUUUUGUUGAUAGAUAUUGUUUUUUUAAUGAUGGGAACGAUAGAAACUUUUGCACUGAUAUGUUUGUCUUCUGUGGAACUCCUGCCAUGUUGUAUCAAUGAUGUGAUAGACGCUAUGUGGCUUUUUAAAAAUAUAUUUUUAAGCUGU